AUGGCUAUAGAUAGUAACUUAAGCACAGUAAUCAAUAUUGAAUUAUGGUUUAUUCCUUUUGAUUUUAUCAUGCUUUCAUGUAGUAUCUUCGCUGUUUUACUUGCUAUCACGUUUUUGUUUGUUAUUUUUCUCGAUAAAACAUGCCAUACAAUUCCAAUGAUGUUUGUUGCAAAUUCAUGUUUAGCUGAAAUUAUUUUUGGAAGUUGUACGAUUAGUAUGACUUUAUUUACACUUCAAAAUGAUUUGAAACAAAUCUGGUAUUAUAAUUCAUUUUGUAAUUUUCUAGGAUAUUACGGUUAUGUUGUAACUUCAAUACAAAAUUGUUCUUAUUUAUUACCAGCUAUUUAUCGAUAUUUUCUUGUAAUUUAUCUAAAUAUAAAAACACGAGCUGUAUCAGCCAAACAAAUGUCAAUGUCAACACCAAUUCAAUUAUUAUUAUUUGCAUCUGAUCAAGUUGAUGUUGUUGAAUCAAAUCUUAUUUGUCUAGAUAAUUGGUUAAUGUUAAAUAUGAAUACUGAUUUAGCAUCAAAAAUAGUAUCUAUUCGACCAGCUAUAGAAGCAUUAAUUAUACGAUGUACACAACAACCAAAUGAUAUUACUAGUCAUCUACUAUCAGUUGAACAAUUAUGUAAUUUAAUUCGUCUUUUGUCAGAUUAA